AUGAGAGAACGAAACGCUUCCGUGUCGAGGCACCCUGACGGGAAACACAGUAAUGAGCGGCGGAACCCAGAAAAGGAUUUUUCAAUCCCAUCACGAGAAAGUGAAUGCGGCGCCCUUUUUUGGAUUGCAGCGGCAGUUGUUGUUGCAGCCCUGUCGUGCACAAGUGUCUUGGUGUUGACAUCCACAAAACCCUCAAGCGAGCGGCGGGGGGAACGUCGUGAAGAUGCCGUUGCACACAAGGGGGCGCAACUGGCUCCACCACCCCCGCAGGGAGUCACAUAUUAUGAGGGAAAGGCGAGCCCAACGCAGAAGGAACAACGGGCUGGAGAAUGGUCAUGCUACACAAUGGAGGAAUACAGUUUGAAGUUUAUUGGGGGUUUGCGUGAAAUGCGCCAUUCUUCACUGAGAUCGAAGAACCAGAGCGGCCCGCAGUAUUUUUUUCGCUGUGGUAUACGAAUCAUCGACACGGAAACGGAGCAGAAUCACACGAAGGUGAAGCAGUGUGCGGCAGCAGCGCACGGCGAGACGUCAUUUCCAACGUUACGCGUGUAUUUGUCGAGUGGUAUGGAAGAACGCCUGCACAAGAAGCAAAAGAAAAACUUUGCCGCCCAACACAUCCUGCUUGAACGUCUCAACGAUGAUUACUGUGACUGUUUGGACGGAACAGAUGAACUAACAACGAAUGCCUGUAGCAUGUCUGGUGUUGUGGCACCGCUCGCCCGUAAACGGUGGAGACAAUUCCUGACGUCCAAUGAGCACGUGCGCCUGUACGAAGACGAAGAGAUGAUGUCGAAAGAGCACGCGGAACGGUUGCUAACACGAGUCGGUGGACGGGUGCUGCCAUUCCGUUGCAAGAAUGAUCAGGGUGUCCUGCUGACCCCCUCAAUGAUGAAUGACGGAAUAGUGGACUGCUGUGACGGGAGCGACGAAGUGGACCAGGUGCGGAGGGACGAGUGGGCCACACGUGUGGGGCAGUUGGAGCCAUUACUUGACAAAAGCAGCGGUCCGGAAAGCAAUUUGCGUGUCGGUGAUCACAAUACCGUAGCGCAGAUGUUGAUGCGAACUGGCCAGAAUGGGCUCAUGACUUGUGACCGUAUGAAAAGGGAGCGGCUGCGUGAGGCUAAAGCGCUUUACACGCUUGUGGAGCGGGGUCACGCAACGUGGAAGGAGCGUGUAGCAGAUGGAUGGGAAAAGUACGGCAGCGAAUUCCUGGACCGUCGUGUCGAAGUGCAACGGAAGUUUAACGAUACGGCCGCUUUGUUCACAGAGGUCCGCACGCGUAUCAAGAAGCGCAUGCAGGAACUCGGGGUGCAGACGCCGCUCGCCCCUGGGGUGCCUCACCAAGAAGUACAGCGCGCUGAAGAGCUCGCUGCAACCCUUGGCCGUCUAAACAUGCAACUGCGUCACAUGCAGCUUGUUUUGGAUCUGGGUGUCCUCGGGGACAGCUUUGAGUAUAGUGUUAUUGCUUCGAGAAGCUAUUCAGUGGCACAACAACGGUUAUGGAACCCCAUUCAGGGACGAUCGACGCACACACAACAACAACUAUAUGAUGAAGGUCAAUACGAUGGUAACUCUCCUGUUGGCACAUCACCAGAGAACUUGCCAUUGCAUGUUGACAAUGUCUCCUUCACUGGUUUCUCAGUGGACCCAUUUGCGCAUAUAAAUGGUUGGGUCAGGGUGAUGGAUAAAGGAAAAAGGGCCCGUUUAUACGGUGAUGAAAAUAGCCUUAAUGAUAAUGCUACGGGAAACAGUACCUCAGCAGAUAUUGACAGUGAACCGAUUGUUAUUGGCUUCUGGGUUCCCCUCCCCGCUUCCCCGCUGACAAGUCAAAUGUCUUCAAUCAAUCCCCCCACCGGGGAUGGUGCACUCUGGCGACGUUUGUUCUCUACAAAGCUGGCACCUUCGAAGGGUGGUUUCGACAAAAUUUUGAGCGAGAGACAAAUAGGCAAAAAGAGGUUACGUGAACUGGGCGACAAGCAGCCUCAUGGCGCACCGUCGGAGCCUGUUGUGCAUGUGUUUAGCGGCGGAAUCCCAUGUCAAGACAAUGGGGCAGCGGAACCAAUGUACAGUCAUGGCUGGCUGGUUUUUGUUUGCGCUGAUACGGACGGUGUGCUCGAGUGGCAUCGAAAUGGAAAGUGCGAACACCAGAUUGUAUUUGGUACAACCAGCGCCUGCUCAGUGCGGGUGAUGGAAGAGGCUGCUACGCGGCUCCAGCAUGCGGAGGCCUCCGUGAGGGAGAGCAUAAACCCAAGAAGGGAAGUGGGGGAGUGA